CGAAAUAAAGGCGCGAAAUGGAAGUGAAGUGACAAGGCACUUCUCGUCAGCGCUUUUGGGUUUAUGAGGUUUUAGGGUUUCUAUAAGGUUCAGCAGCGUUUCCUACAAGCAACUGUUUUAGGGUUUAUGAGGUUUUAGGAUAUUCGCUUGGAUUCGAAAACCAUGGCUUUCUGGGGAGUGGAAGUAAAACCCGGAAAAUCUUUUACUCAUAAAUUUGAUGACUUCAAAGGACGACUACAUGUUUCAAUGGCCACUUUGGGGGUUGGUUCUGCCCCAGCCAAAAGCAGACUCCAGUGUAAUGUGGGCAACAGUAGCCCUGUUUAUCUAUGUUCUCUGUCUUCUGGAACGAAUGAGUCAUUGCAACUUCAUUUGGAAUUUGAGGAGGUUGAUGAUGUCAUCUUUUCAGUGAUUGGUCCUCGGAGUAUUCACUUGUGUGGUUACUAUCUUGGUAAUAGCCGAAGAACCAAUGUGAUUGAGGAGUCAGAAUCCUAUGGAGAAGAUAUUGCAAACACUGAGACAGAUAGAUCUAAUUGCAGCGAAGAAGAUGAGUAUGAGGAUAGUUUUAUUGAUGAUGAUGCCAAUCCAGACGUCUACCCAGGAUCACCUAUUUCACGUGAAGAGGAAGUUUCACCUGUUAACAAACAUAAAGGUAGUCGCCGCAGACUACAGAGGAAGCAACAAAGAGUAGACUCAGAUGAUGAUGGUGUGCCAAUUUCAUCUCUUUACAAGACUAAAGCUACUGCAAAGGUCUUGUCUGAGGAAAUGGAUGUUAGUGAUGACAGGAGAGAAAGUGAUGGCAGCCAGAAGAAAGGCAAAGAUGAAGACAAUAAUGAUAUUAAACCAAAUUCAAAAUCAAAAGCUGGCAACAUUCUUCUAGAUACCAAGACACAUAGCAGUGGAGCUGAGUCUUUGGACAACGUAGUAGAAUGUCACACCAAUCUAAAUGUGAGGAGUAUUCAGAAAUUGGAAAAAGAAGAGAGAGAAACAGAAGAGGAGGGUAAAUUUGCUGAAGCAAAGGAUGCUUGCAAUGGCCAAUUUAUCGAAGUAAAUAAUGUGUUGGAAGGAGAGCCAAAAAUGGACAAUAUCAUCCAGGAUCUUCUAAUAAGAAAUAUGAGCGAGGGCCAAGCCUGUGAUAAGAAUGUUGUAUUGCCUGCCACUGUAGUAGGUCCUGUGAAAAGUAGAGGAACAAAGAGGAAGAAGAAAGAACAGGCUCCCAAAGAUUCACAUUUUGAAGAUGACAAUGCUUACUGUAAAGAGUCCAAAGCCCCAAGAGACUCAGCAGGGACUGAUAUUGCUAUCCCCAAAUUUUCUGAAGGAAAGAAUCAAGAUUUGCAACAAAACAACAAAGAGAAUGGGGAUAAUGGAACUCAUGACUUCCCUGAUGCGAAUCAAUCUGGUGAUAGAAAGAUGAAAAAAAGGAGGAAAAAAGACAAAAGUCAGGGGGAUGUAGAAGUUAAUACUUCUGAUAUGCCUCAAUCAUCUGCUAAUGAAAAUAUUAGGACCCUAAAAAAGGAUGAAUACAUUGUGGCUGAUGCGAAGUCUUCUGCAGUUAAAACAUUGCCAAAUGGUUUAGUUAUUCAAGAGCUGGAAAAGGGGAUAGAAGAUGGAAAAAUUGCUGCAUCAGGGAAUAAGCUCACUGUCCUUUUCACUGGCAAGGUGAAGGAUAAUGAUGAAGUCUUUGAGUCAAAUGUUGGCCAUGCACCUUUCAAGUUUCGCCUUGGUAAAGGACAAGUUUUAGAGGGUUGGGAUGUUGGCCUUGAAGGUAUGCGAAUUGGAGGAAAGAGAAGACUCAUAAUACCACCAUCCAUGGGGUUUGGUAGUGAAGGACACGAUGACAAAGUACCGCCAAACUCAUGGCUGGUUUAUGACUUUGAAUUGGUUAAAGUCCGUUGACUGAAGAAGCAAGUGGUAUUUGGUCAUGGCUGAUUUCUUGUUUUGGCUGAACUCAAUUUUUGGAGGAAAAUCCUGGAGAUUCCAACUUACACUUGAUGGCUAUUCUUUUUGUUGGGAUAGCAUUAGACAGUUUGAUAUGUUGUUGUGGAAUGUCAGGUUUUGAUUGUUUUUUUCCCACUUGAAUGCCUAUGGGAACAAAUGAUUGAGUAGCUUGUUGAUACCAUAAGCAGAAGAGCGGUUGUCCAAAAAAAAAAAAAAGCAGAAGAGCGAGGAGAGAAUGAAAGAAAGCUCAACGAUGAUGGAAAUUGAAUUGGAAAUUUUCUCUGGCCUUAUAAUCUAUAUGAUCAAAUUUUGACAUA